AUGAACAAGCUCAGAAAGCCCAAGCCACCCGCCACGAUAUACAGCCCACCGUCAAGUACUCGAUCUGACAUUAAUAAUAAUAACCAACAUUUGGUCUCUGAAUCUGUUCAAAGCAAACCUCCAGUAUCGAGAACGAUGCAGAUCGCGAGUGCCUCACUUGCUGUGGAAAGAAUCUCUACCGCUAAGAAUACGCUGGAAUAUCCUAAGACGACAUGGUACUCUGCACCUGCUGCUGCCAAGCCUCGCACAUCCGUCGAGCAGUACUGGGCUGCGCGUGCACUGGUGGCUGAAACGGUGCUGACAACACGUGUUCAGUAUCAGAAGGAAAUGACAGACGUGAGGCUAGGGAAAGAAGAGAAGCAGACGAACCAGCUUGCGGCUCUCAUGCGGGCGAGCGAAGAACGGCAGAGCAGGCUCGAAAAGUUCGUCGUAGCCCUUUUAGCAUGUUUUGUACUUCUCUUCCUUGCGUUACUUUAUAUACUGCUGCGCGAUUCCCCGAAAUCGAAAGGUGCCUCGCACUUUACGAUACCGAUCCUCUCCCCGUUUACUUCAGUGGUCGAACAUGAAACAGGCAUAAUUAGUGCGAGAUUCAUGUCAUUCUUCAUUCUCGUUGUAGGCAUCUUAUCAUAUGCCAUCUUCCGACAUUGGUUGUCAAAAAAAAGAUAG